UCAAAUUCGAAGCGCCGCGUGCGUGGUGAGUGUGAAAAUGUAAGCAAUUAUGAGAGGUCGGUGGUCCGCUAUAAAGCUUAUUUCGCUAUAAACGAACCCGCCAUUCCGCAAUAGAACAUCGUGUUGGUUGCGGGAGAAAAUUAGCUUUCUGCAGGAGGGGCUCUACAGGAUGUGCCACACACGCUAAGUUGAAAGAUAUCCCGUACAUUUUUAUGAACUCCGGUUGAACACCGCCUGUGCGCACUGACGCGUUACUUUAUGUGAGGGUUCGGUUGCGUAUAGAUGAUAUUACUAUUCAAGGUGAAAGGCAAAGCAGAGCAUAAAGGGAAGAGCACCCUAUUCAUCAGCCUCUUCAAAGGCUUCAUAAGGAAAACACACCCAAUGCUUCCACAAGCAUCAUUUGUUCUAGCAGUGACUGGUGUCCUUAUUUGGGUGAUACGACGUCGUCACCGGCAUGGUCUGUUUGCAAGACUCGGUGUACCUGGGCCUAAACCAGAUCUACUCUGGGGAAACUGGAAGCAGCUCAAGAAAGAUCGUAUACGGGUAAUGGAACAGUGGAUUCAGUGCUACGGCAAGGUCUUUGGGAUAUACUUGGGUGACAAGCCCUUCAUGGUCAUCACUGAUGAGGAGAUUGUUAAAGAAUGCCUCAUCAAAUCUACAAAGAUAUUCCAGGACCGUCCAAUGUAUUCUGUUGAAGUGGAACCAAUUAUCAGCGCACUACUUUUAUUGCGUGGAGAGAAGUGGAGAAGAGUCCGCUCAGUGUUCAACGCCUGCUUCACCGCUGGAAAAGUGAAGACGCUCUGUCGCAGUAUCGACGGCACUGUGAUGCGCCUUGUCCUAAAAUUUCACGAUGCUAGCCGUUUUGGUGACGUCAUCGACGCCCAUGAAGCCGCUCGUUGUAUGGUAUUGGAAACGUUGACAAGGACUGUGCUUGGACGACAGGUAGGCUGCCAGACGAACAGCAAUGACGUACCACUCAAAUCAUUCGAAGUUAUAUUCCGAGAAGUCGACGACGCCUUGUUAGAGAGUGCGUUUGCCUACCCCGGUCUUUACAGCAUUCUUCAGCUCCUUUAUCCCUUCACAUCGUUCUCCAAAGCGGUGCAGAAAGUUAUGGAUGACGCGUUGAUUACUCUACACAAACCGAUACUUAUUCUAGCUGGCUACGACACAACAUCUGCCUCCCUCGCUUUCCUGCUGUAUCUUCUCGCCAAGCACCCGGAAGAACAGCUAAAAAUACGAGCUGAAAUUGUGAGUGCCCUCCGUCAUAAGGAAAACUCAGAUCGUCAAGCUUUUGCGGAAACUGAACGUACCGCCACCAAUUUCGAUGCGAAGCAAGACCUUGAACCUAAGGGAUGGCAGCCCAGCGACAACGUUCCCGACUUGUCACCUCCACAUGCCACAAAUGAUGUGGUGAGCGAAGCAGUCAGCUCGGUGCACGAAGCGUUGCAUGAUUUAUAUGGCCAGCGAGCAGAUGUGCCACAGACGUCCUCGAAUGCAGACGCAGUGAACAAGGAGCUCGAUGAAGACGACGUCAUGCAGCUCCAACGCCUCGACAUGGUUGUACGAGAGGGUCUGCGCUUGUACCCAACAAUUCCGAUCAAUGUAAUGCGCGAAUGCAUGGAGGACACGACCAUCCUGGGCCAAUUCAUACCAGCAGGAACGAGCAUUUUUGCGCCACCGUGGCACAUUCACAGGAACGCGGAUAUCUGGCCUGAACCGGACCGAUUCCUACCGGAACGCUUCUCGCCUGAGCACCGCGACAACGUGGCAUCUUCUUACUAUCCAUUUGGCCUCGGCCCCAGGACGUGUGUGGCACAUAGGCUAGCGAUGGCCACGUUGAAAACAGCGCUUUAUAGGAUAGUGCGAAAUUUCGACAUUUCCCUCGCUGAGGAUUUGGCGGACCCGCUACCUGUAUGCGUGCACAACAUUGUUCUUAAUCCCGCAGUAGCCAUAAAACUUAAGGUGACGAGGACCAAUAUAUAG